AUGGUGGUCUUUCAGUCGGAUAGACCGCGUAUCAACAUCCCCACGGAUAUCACAAUCUGGAAAUGGUUGUUCGACUCCCACUACUCUCCCUUGAACUCCAACAGCCCCGAUAAACUGGGCGCUUUCGUCAACGCCGCCACGAAGGAGAGUAUACGGUAUGACGCCCUCAAAGAAUACACGACAUAUGUUUCCACUGCUCUGGUGCGCAACUAUGGCCUUCAACCCGGGGAUACCGUUGCCCUCUUCAGUCCGAAUACGAUUUGGUAUCCAGUUGCGAUGUUAGCUGCUGUUCGUGCCGGGGGUAUAAUAUCGGGCGCCUCGCCAGCCUAUAACAUCGAAGAGAUGACUUAUGCCCUCAAAACUGGGAAAGCAAAAUUUCUCAUGACCGUCCCUUCCGGCAUGGAGGUUGCGGUCCCCGCUGCCCGGGAAGCCGGGAUCCCUCCCGAGCGGAUCUUUCUCCUUGAGGGUCAAAAGGGCGAGUAUCGAUCGGUCCAGGAUCUCGUCCAGAAGGGGAGAAAUUAUGGACCGGCUGGACAGACGACCCCUUUUGAGCUUCCUAGGGGGAAAACAAAUCGGGAUGUGUGUGGGUUUUUGAGUUUUAGCUCAGGCACCACGGGACUGCCGAAAGCCGUGAUGAUCGCCCAUCACAACGUCAUCGCGCAAUGCAUGCAAGUUGAUCAACUUUUGCGGAAGGAUGUAACGAAGUCGUUGGCUGUAUUGCCUUUAUUUCAUAUCACCGGGCUCGUUCACCAAAUGCACCUACCUGUAAUCCGGAAUAGCACCGUCUAUAUGCUCCCCUCCUUCACCAUGGAAUCCAUGCUGGCGACCAUAGUCGAAUAUCAAAUUACCGAGAUCCUCUCCGUACCUCCCAUCAUCAUCCGACUCCUCACCGACCCAGUUGUGUCCAAAUAUGACCUCUCGCAUGUGAAGACCUUUUCCUCCGGUGCAGCUCCUAUCUCCGGCGAGAUUCUCCAGAAACUGCAGGUCCGGUUCCCAUGGACAGGGUUUAAGCAGGGAUACGGGAUGACGGAGUCUUGCAGCUGUAUUACCGCCCAUCCACCUGAAAAGCAGACUUACGAGUAUGCGCAACGGGCCGGGAUCCUAGUUGCUAAUACCGAGGUAAAGAUUCUUGACACUCAGAAUGGGAAGGAAGUGGGGUAUGGUGAAGAGGGCGAAAUUCUAGCCCGGGGGCCUCAGGUGGUCAUGGGGUAUUUGGGGAAUGACAAAGCGACGCGGGAAACGUUUGAUUCCGAUGGGUGGUUGCAUACUGGGGAUGUGGGGUAUAUGGAUCAGGAGGGGUUCCUUGUGAUUACAGAUCGGAUCAAGGAAAUGAUUAAAGUAAAGGGAAUUGGGGUUUCGUCUGCUGAAUUGGAGGACUUGUUGCUUGGGCACCCUGAAGUGGAUGAUGCGGCGGUCACAUCGGUGCCCGAUGAUUAUUCGGGGGAGAAGCCGAAGGCGUAUGUGGUGGUCAAGGCUGGGGCAAAGGCUAGAUUGGCGACGGAAGAUGGUGUGCGACGUGUUGGGAAGGAGUUGAUUGAGUAUGUGAAGGCCAAGAAGGUGCGCCAUAAAUGGAUUGUCGAGGUGGAAUUUAUGGAUGAGAUUCCGAAGAGUGCGAGUGGGAAGAUCCUACGGCGAGUACUAAGAGAUCGGGAGAGGAAGAGGGAGAGUGGGGAGAAGAGGCUGGUCGUUCGGGAUGAGAAGACGACGGCUAAGUUGUAA